AUGGUUGACUUGGUGAGGAUUGUGCUGCGCAGCAACUACUACUAUGGCAGGCUGAUUGGUGUGAUCAACUUUGAGAUCGACGUGGAGACAGGUGAACCGCGACUGACGAAGCGAGCGACGAUCUAUGCGAUUGUUAUCAAUAUGUUGACCUUUAGCCUGGUGCCGUUCUUAAUUAGCAGUCGGAUUUGGCAACUCUUCUUGGUGCGAGCCAAUAGCCUGCAUCAGUACGUGUUCCUGGUGAUGCUCGCGAUUCGCGUCUGCUUUACCUUUGUGACUGUCCUGAGCCGCUGGUGGCACCGUCAGCGAGUCGUGCGCUUGAUACACAGCUAUCGUCGUCUGGUACUGCGGCACCCACAGGUGAUGCGACUGUGGCGCCGUGGCGUUAUAGCUAAAUGGAUAACAGGCUCACUGUCGGAAGGCAUUCACAUGGUCCUGGGCUUCUAUGGAGUGCGUGAUGUGCUUACGCCCACCAUAGCCUUGGCCGUGUUCCUCAUCUAUCUGCUCAUUGGCUGGCUCAAUAUUAUCCUGGCCCAGUACUAUUUCAGCUUGCUCACUGUACAUGGACACUAUUUGCUAAUGAAUCAGGAGCUGCGAGGAAUAGUGGCUGAAACGCAUCUGCUCGAGCUGCAUCGUCGCAAGCACCUAAACCAGCUGAAGAGCUGCGCUCUGGCCGAUCGCCUGGACAGCCUAGCUCUGCUGCAGGCGAGGCUGCAAAACUUGGUGCUGCGCAUGACCCAAAUCUUUGGCCUGCAGACCCUGUGCAUCUAUCUGACCUUUAAAUUAAAUUUGAUCUGCGGUGUUUACUAUACCUUCUCGGCUGUUAGACACAGCAUUGGCAUCGAUUGGUCCAGCUGCCAAACGGUAUUGGUCAUAAGCGGCGCCAUCGCCUACAUCGUUGACUCACACUUAACGUACUCUAUAACGAGCUACGUGGAAAUGGUUUACAAUGAGAUGCUGAAAAUCAUAGCGCAAUAUCCAACUUUUGCUCUCAAUGUGGAUAGGCGUCUAAUAAUUGCUUUCGAGAACUUUAAAAUGCAAUUGGCACGCAAUCCACAAAAGCUUUCCGUCAUGGGUCUGUACAAUCUGGAACGUGCUACUGUCUUGGGCAUCGUUAGCUCUCUAAUAUCGCAUUCAUUGAUCCUCAUACAAUAUGAUAUCAAGUACUACAAAGCUGCCUAA